CUAUAAAUAGGAGGGAUGAAGCCAGCAGAGAUCAGAUUCUCUCUACAGAGACCUCUACAGCACAGAGAUCCAGACAUGGCACCUACAAUCACUGCAGCAAUGACUGAUUCUCAGGAGCAUCUGACUCUGACCCACAAGCUCAGAAAGCCUCUGGUGGAGAAGUUACGCAGAGAGCGACUCAACAGCAGCAUUGAGCAGCUCAAGUCUCUCCUGGGUCCAGAGUUCCUCAAACAGCAGCCAGACGCCAAGCUGGAGAAAGCAGACAUCCUGGAGAUGACAGUUUGUGUCCUGAGACGACUGCAGCAGCAGAAGCAUCAACCUGCGGACUCAGCAGCUGUCAAUCAAGGCUACUCCAGGUGUGUCCAAGAGGUAACACACUUCCUGUCCAAGGAGGAGGUGGAGACACAGUCCCAGAGAAGACUGCUGAAGCACUUCAACAAGCUGCAGUCUUCCUCUGAUAACAACCUGAGAGAGGCUGACUUCUCUCUUCUGAGCUCCACAGUCCAGAUCACCAAAGAGAAGAGUUCAGUCGACAGCGCCCUCUGGAGGCCGUGGUAGACACCAACAGACUGGAGUUACUACCAGACUAACUGAGAUGACCACAUUGGUCAAAGAUUACUGGAAAUGAAUUCUUCUGAAUUCUGACAUUUGAUGAACUUGUUCUUCUGUUUGUAUAGAAGGUUGUAUUUUGUGUGUUAUAUUUGUUCAAGAUGACAUUUCCUGAGGAAAUGACAGCAACAAUAUCUUUCAAGUUCAGAAAGAGAACAUCUUGUCAUGCAUGUUGCAUGAACCAAAUCUGAUUGCAUCAGCAAUUAUUAUUAUAUCUCACAGUACUUCAUGUAUUGGUAGUAUAUAAUACUAUGGUAACAUUUGUUAUCUUUUGAUUGUUAUUGAUCAUAGUGAUCAACCAUUUAAAUGUCCUCUUUAUGGACAUAUUGUCAUAAUGGACUUUAAUCUCUCUGAUUAAUCAAAACUGAUCUGUUGUUAGAUCCAAAUGUUUCUCUUUUUCUUCUAAAAGUUUUGCUUAAUGUCACAAUUUUCCUGUGAUACUUUUAUGUCUCACUGCACGUCAUGUGUUGGUACAAUAUAGUGCACAGAGAUAUUUAUUACCUCUUGAUAGGUAUUGAUGACUUUGAAUUGAUCGAAAUCUUACCUGUUCUUUUAAAGGACAUUUUGUUAUAAUGGACUUUCUUUCACUUUAUGUGAUUAUUGAAAAAUGAUCUGUUUUAAGAUCAAUAUGUUUAUCCUUUUACUGUAAAGGUUUCUUUAAUGUCACAGUUUUCUAGUGACAAUGUAACAUUUUAGAAUCAACUGAAUUCAGUUAAGAACAAUGUGACCUGUUGUAAGGUCAGUCUUUAAUAUUGUUUCGUUUGUUCACUUAGUGCAAAUGUGUUAUAAAUAUUGCUCAAAUACAGUGAGUACUGUGUCCUCAAAUAUUGUAAAUUGUUUGUCUUUUAUAAAGACAGUUGUUCCUUUACUCUCUCUGAGUACAGUGUGUCUUGUAGAAAUCUACAAGUUGUUGUUGUGAUGUGUCAUCACCUCUAGUUGAAGCUUUCAUACUUUAUGUGGCUCAUUGUGCCUUGUUGAAUAAACAAACACUGCCAGCUGAAAAUGUUGUGUUCUCAUGUCUUUGAGUGGCAUGGUUGCCCUUUUAAUUACAUGUCCAGUAUGAUGAAAGAGAGACUUUAUACAUUUAAUUUAAUUUCAUCUUAAUUGAUAGAGGUCUCCAUCAUCGUUCCUACCUUCGAUUGACAAAUCAAGAUACAAUUCACCUCACAUAGUAAAUGUUUAUUUAUAACAUACCUGUUUAGUGUUAAACUAAGCACAGGAAUAUGCUUCAAUUGAGAUUUUUGAUGAAGAAGGAUUAUCAAUGUUAUGUCACAAUUUAUAUGGAGUAAGUCAUCAGACUGAAUGAGAAAAUCUACAUUUCAAAGGCACAUUUGCUGCAUCAUCAUUUUUUAUAUAACUGUCAGUUUCAGUUGUUUUAAUGUAAACACUUUAAAGUUACCAUUUCCCUCAGGCAUUGUAUCUAAAGUGUUGCAUAAUAAGACACACUUCUAUUGUUCCUCCAGUGAAAGCAGUGAAAAGACAAGGUGUGGGAAACCAGAGGAAACUCACUCACAGAGUCCUGUGGGACAAUAGAUCCUGACCUUUGACCUGAAGGGACAGAGAUUAAAAGACACUCUGGCUCCCAAAACUGGAACUUGUUUUGAAAUCAAGUAUUUGGUUGUAACUGUUCCUCCAUGGCAAGCCGUUUUAACAUUUAAUAGCUAGACUGGACAUUCAUUAGAGAUAUCUGCAACGUCAUUUUGCCAAGUCAAAACUCUAAUUCAAGAUAUCCCCAAUUCUAUUCUGACGAGGCAAAACUCUGAUUUUAAAUAUCUGUAAUUACAUUUUGACUAGUAAGAUUCAAACUACUUUUGCCAUUCAUGUGUAUGAGGUUUCUCAUUACAGAUAUCGGC